AGUCAGCCGUCAUUCCAAAAACUCAAAGCGACCGGUACGCAUGCGCGCAGUUCGCAGAUCCGCCAGAAGCACUUGCCACAGAACAGAGCUGCGAUUUAUAGAGGUGUCCGAGUGGCGACACACGGGAACGAACGCGUCUAAAAAUACUACGCGAGAAAGACAAACACCAAAGUGAAACGAGAGAACAGAAAAGAGCGAACAAGGAAUAAUAUACAAAACAAAAAGCAAAUAAAGCAAAGGCAUAAAAAUUCCUCACAUCGUUCGGCGCGCACCAACGACAACGACAACGACGGGCAGGAUCGAAUGUGGCCAACAAAAAGCACAAAAGAGAAUACAGCGAAAUAAAAUAAAAUAAAAUAAAACAAAGUCCAGCGAAGGUGCGACACAAGAAAUUAAAUUGAUAAAACCUAAGAGCAGGCAGGGCCCAGGCCUAGGUAGACGCGCAGACGCAGACGCAGACUUGUCGCUGCUGUUUGCCUGCAAUUAUCGGGGCAGCGCAUCGCGUCGGGAAUGCGCCCUGCGAAGGCGCGCGAGUGUGAGUGAGUGUUCGCGUACGUGACAGUGUUCGCGUGAGUGUGUGUGGCAAAUAGCUCAAAGCCACGAAAUCGCUUUUAUCGGUGCGCCGAAAUCGCCAAUUGGAAAAAUUAAACAAAAGAGAAACUGUUAAGCGAGAAGCUGGGAAGAAGGGCAAAUACAUCCCACAGAAAUAUUGACCCACGGGCUUACAUACACACACACACACAAACUAUCCCCUCGACACACACACACACACACACAGUCGAAGACAAACCAAGAAACAGGGAAAUUGUACAACAACAAAAUUACAGCAAGUGAUCGUGCAGAAAAUAGAUCGAUAAACCCGAAAAAACGGGGGGAAACCAGCGAAAAAUAUAAAAAUAAAUAAGCGAAAGACGAUCGCGAGCGAUCAAGGAGCCAAGGAGUCACAGCCACAGCCACAGCCAGAUCCAGAGGAGGAGGAGAGAGCCAGACAGAGAGCUUGCUGCUUGCUGCUUGCGUUUGCGGCACGUUUUUGUGUUUUUAUUUCAAUUUCAAUUGUGGAAAUCGUAGAGGAAAAAUUCGCUAAAAGCCAACCGGUCCAUCUACAGUCCAGAGGGACUCCACAGCCAAGCCGCCAAGUCAAGACACAGAACCAGAUCCAGAGCCAGAGCCAGACCCAGACCCAGAACCGAGGAGAGACGAGACCCGAUAUUUAUUAAACAAAGACAGAAAUUAAUUUCACGACUUUGCCGAUUGCCACCCGCACUCAGCCCAUCCUCAUCUUCCGACCAGAGCAAGCAACCAGCAACCAACAACCAGCAACCCGCACCGCCUCCUGCGGACGGCUUCUUUAUGCCCAUCCAGAAUUUUGGGCCAGCUUGUGUUUGAGCGUAGGAGAGCAUAGAGAGGAGGGAACUCGGCGGCCAGCAAAAUGUACGACAUCAAGCACCUGGAAGCCGGACAACAUCAGCCACAGCCACAGACACAGCACCACCCACAACACCCACUGAGCGACCGCCUGAGCCCAGCACUGAGCGGCUCCGCCACAGCCGAGCAGCAGCUCACCUGCAGUGUCAUCGCAGCGUCCUCGACACGCUGUCAGGGCAGGCCCCAGUCCCUGGGGACGAUCAGCCGCAGCCCCAUCGAAGCCACCCACAUGACGCUACUGACAUUGCGGCGUCGUCGCGCCUUCCAGCGCCGUGCCUGCCUCCUGAGCAUUCUCGCCGCCUUCGUUUUUGGCAUGGCGCUGGGCGUGGUGGUGCCCAUGUUCGGCCUUCCGGACUACUUUACUGGUGGCAGCCACACGCCUCCAUCCCCGCCAGCAGUGCAGCAGCAGCAGCAGCAGGAGCAUCAAGGGGAGCUCGAGCGAGCGCAGCGUCCGCCCUCGGAUUUUCCAAGCAUCUACGAGAGCGCAGCUCUACCGCCAUACAGUGUGGCCUUUAUCAAGGGCGCUGGCAAGGGUGGUCCCAGUGCAGAGCUGAGUGCCGAGCAGGUCUUCCGGAACGUGUUCCAUCUGGAGCAGGACAAGAACGCACCGGACUCGAUGAUCGUGAAGAAACUGGACACGAACGACGGCAGCAUCAAGGAGUUCCACGUGCAGCGCACCUCCAGUGGCCGCUACCGCAAGGGUCCCGAGCGGAGACUGACCAAAAAGGAGGAGAGGACGCCGUCUGCACCCGCAACGACGCCCAGCCCCAAGCACUCCCAGGCGGAGAGAGCGGGUCUCAUCGAUGCAGACGUCUUCUGGGGCUCCGAGGUGGAGCGAGCCCUGCCCAAGGGCUUCGCAGCCGAGGAUCAGCGCACCUGGGAGCGCUACGUGUCCGGCCAGGGCCAGGUCGUGCGGCUGGAACACGGCUGCGGCCGCAUGCAGAAUCGCAUGGUGGUGUUCGCCGAUGGGACACGCGCCUGCGCUCGCUACCGACAGAACACGGACCAGAUCCAGGGCGAGAUUUUCAGCUACUACCUCGGCCAACUGCUUAACAUCAGCAACCUGGCGCCGAGUGCUGCCACCGUCAUCGACACGACGACUCCGGGCUGGGCAGCUGCUCUGGGGGACAUCACGCAGGCGCAGUGGAAGGAACGCAGGCCAGUGGUGUUGACGCGCUGGUUGGCGGACCUCGAGCCAGCUGGAAUUCCGCAGCCCUUUCAACCGCUCGAGCGGCACCUGAACAAGUACGACGUCUGGAACCUAACGCGGCAUCUGCAGGCGACGCAGCAGUCCGAUCUGGAGUCGGAGUCAAAGUUUGACGUAGCGCCGGGAUUACUCAAGCGGCUGGGGGCUGCCACCUCGCAGGGUCCCGCUCAUCAAUCAAGCAUGCUUGAGGAGACGCAAUGGCAGUCGCAGUCGCAGUCGCAACCUCAGACCGAGUCGGAGUUGGAGUCGGAAUCGGAAUCGGAAUCGGAGUCAAAGUCGGCGCUGGUGCAGCGACUAAUUGAAUUGGCACAAUGGUCCGAUUUAAUCGUCUUCGAUUACCUGAUCGCGAACCUCGAUCGUGUUGUUAAUAACUUGUACAACUUUCAAUGGAAUGCCGACAUCAUGGCCGCGCCGGCACACAACCUGGCCCGCCAGGUCAGCUCGCAGCUGCUCGUGUUCCUGGACAACGAGAGCGGGUUGCUGCACGGCUAUCGUCUGCUGAAGAAGUACGAGGCAUACCACAGCCUCCUGCUGGACAACCUGUGCGUCUUUCGGCGUCCCACCAUCGAGGCCCUGCAGCGACUGCGGGCGGAGGGCGCGGGACGGCCGCUGCGCGAUCUCUUCGAGCGCGCAACCAGCGACGGCGUGCGUGACGUGCUGCCCUCGCUGCCGGAUAAAUCAAUCAAGAUACUCAUGGAGCGCAUCGAUCGCGUGCUGGGCCAAGUGCACAAGUGCCGCGAGGACCUUAACAAGGGCAGCUAAUGAAGGCGACAAUCUGAGAUCGUCUGGCGUAUGGCUAAUCGAGAUUGAGAUAGGGCUAGGGAUGGGGAUAAAUAAAUCCAGAAAACUGCAGUGUAGGAUGAGGACGCAAUUGCAAACCAUAUAGUCACAGAGGAUAGAAAUUGCAUCCCAGCAUCACUGCCUGAUGCCUGAUGCCUGCUGCCUGCUGCCUGAGUAUUAGAAGGUGAACACUGCUUUCCACCCAUGUAUGUAAAUGUCCGACUCCUGCGAUGAGUAUUACGCAUAUCCAUAGAUAUUUGUAUGUAGAUAUAUAUACCUAGCCCUUAAAACCGUGUGAUAUUUGUCUAAGAACUUAUUGGAAACUAAUUCAAGCUUAAGUAGAUUUCAUUUUACGUUUACAACAUCGAAUAAACCACAAAAAUACCGAAA